AUGUCCGUGGACGAAGUGGAUCCCUCCCAGUGGCGCGUGUUCCACGAGGAUGAGGACGAGAUCGCGCUGAUCAAGUUCGAGCAGGAGGAGAAAACGCCCGAGCCAACGGAGAAGGAGAAGGACGCCGAGUUCCAGCGACUCCGGAAGGCGUCGCGACCACCGCUAUACCUCACCAAGCUGACGGACCGGAGCGCCCCGGCCGGCUCCACCAUCAAGCUACAGUGCACGGUCGAGGGCCAGGAGGUGACGGUGCGAUGGCUCAAGAACGAUCAACAGAUUGAGCGGACGCCCAACCUGCAGACGUCCGCCGCCGACGGCCUGUACACGCUCACCAUCAAGCACCUGAAGCACUCGGACGCGGGCGAGUACAAGAUACUGGCGAAGAACCGGGGCGGCGAGAUACCGUCGGUGGCGCACGUCAAAGUGUACGACGCGAUCAAGCCCAAGUGUCAGUUGCCGUUCUUUGUGAAAAUCAGAGACUACUUCCACCAUGCAUUGAACGACCUCGUGAUCGAGGCUAGGAUCAUGUUCCAGAAGGAAUAUGAACCAACCAUCACCUGGCUGAAGGACGGGGAACCGAUCGUGCUGGAUCAGCGGAUCGGGGCCACCUUCGAGGGGGAGGAAAUCUUCCAGCUCAACAUUUACGACCCGACGCCGGAGGACAGUGGCCGGUACACGUGCAUCGCCGAGAAUGAGGCGGGCCGGUGCCAGAUGUCCCACACGGUCGACUUCGUGGACAAGGUGCCGUACAUGCGGCUGCCCGGCAUCACCAACGCCGACCGGAAGCUGCUGACGGAGGAGGAGAUCGAGGAGCGCAAGCGCGAGGAGCUGCGCAUCAAGACGGAGGCGAAGGAGCGGCUGGCGGGCGGUGGCCGCACGGCCCGGGGCGGCGACGACGUGCACGAACCGUACGAGUCGGAAUCGUACGUGAUUCGCGACUCGAAGAACAAGCUCGCGUGGGCCGGGCAGCUGCACAACGUCACCACCACGAAGGGUGCGAUCGUGAAGAUGACCUGCUCGGCGAAUGGGCCGCUGCCAAUGUUCAAGUGGCAGCGGAAUGGGCGCGCGAUCGACUUUGGCGAUCACGUGAAGCUGAUGAACAGUGGCGCGAUCGGGCAGAUCGUGAUCAACGGCGUGACGCGCAAGGAUGCGGGCGAGUACACCUGCACGGCGAAGAACAGCCACAACGAGAUCAAGACGACGUGCGUGCUGAAGGUGAUCACGCUGCCGUCGGCCGAGACGACGCCGGCCACGUUUACGCGCGCGGUCAAAGAGUUCUACGACAUCCGGGCGGACGAUCUCGUGCUCGAGGUGAACGUGCAUGGUCUGCCGAAGCCGACGAUCAGCUGGCAAAAGGACGGCGAGGACAUCGUGCUCGGCGACAAGCUGCUGAUCAACCGCGAACCGAACGGCGUGUACCAGCUGUGCAUCCACAAGCCGGCCCCGGCCGACUGUGGCGUGUACGAGUGCCGGGCGGUCAACUCGGCCGGCACCGCCAAGGUGUCGCACGAGGUGAGCUUCACCUCGAAGGAUAAGCUGAUCCACGUGCAGCACAUCGAGCACGCGGACUACUUUAAAAGGCGGCUCGAGGAGAAGGAAGCGGCCAGUCUACUGUUGACGGCGGAACCGACUCCACCAACCGACCAGCAGCAGCAGCAGCAGCAGCCGGCUAGCCAAGCCCAGUCACAGGCACAGCAGCAAGCGGAACCGGCGGCCACAGGCGAGCCAGUGCCACCGGCCGAACCAGCAGAAGGAGAAGCCGGCGAAGUAGAUACAGAAGCGCCGGCACCAGAAGCUACUGCACCAGAGCAGACGGCAGCAGCAGCAGCUCCAAAGCCAAAGUUCAAGGCAAUGCCGGGCCGCCGCCGCUUCGAGGAUGGGCCGGUGGAACCGUUCGUGAUACGCGACUCCAAGAACCGGCUGAUGUGGGAGACAAAGCUGAAGAACCAAACCGUGCCGGCCGGCAAAUCGAUCAAGCUGACGUGCAGUGUGACUGGGCCGCAGCCGACCUGGCGCUGGAUGAAGAACGGCAAGCCGCUGGUCUGGAGCAAGAGCGUGGUGAACGCGACCAAGGUCGAGUUCGGGUGCGUGCGCAUCACGCCGACGACGGUGGCCGACUCGGGCGAGUACACGGCGUACGCGAAGAACAGCUUCGGCGAGAUCGAGUGCUCCUGCACGGUGACCGUGUUCGCGACGGAAAAGGACAUCGAAACGGUGCCGACGUUCACGCGGGUCAUCGACUACUACGACUCUCUAGUGGACGAUCUGAUCCUGGAGGUGCACGUGCGCGGUGUUCCCGAUCCGAAGCUGACCUGGGAGCGGGACGGGAUGGAGUUUACCAACGAGACGGAUCGCGUGAUCAUCUCCCGCGAAGGCAACGGCGUGUACCGCUUGAGCAUCCACAAUCCGGAAAAGCUCGACGGUGGCAAGUGGGUCGUAACGGCCAAGAACCACGCCGGCGAGGAGAAGCUGAAACACUCGGUCACGUUCAAGGGGCGCGAAUUCUACCAGAGCCAGCUGACGCACGGUAUCUACCAUGCGGACAAGCAGAUCACGCGCUCGGAAGAGGACGGCUUUGUGUACGGUACGCGGUCGCGCUCCGUGUCCCGUGCACCCUCCGUCGCUCACCAGGCCGGCCCCGAGCCGGACAUUUCGGCCGUCGUCGAGGCGCUGGCAGCGGUGGAGGCGACCACCGAGGAUGCGCCCGCUGCCGGAGCGGCCGCCGAAGGUGCCGAGCCGGCUGCGGAUGCAGCGGACGCACCGGAAGAACCGAAGAAGAAGAAGGAACCGAAACAGUGGCGCAAGAACUUGCAGGGCCUGCUGAAGGGCCGCAUCCCCGGCCCGAUCGCGGAGGAGCCCACCAAGCACAAGGUGGUGGAGGUACUGCAGAAGCUGUACUUUGAGGCGAAUCUGAAGAACCAAACGGUGGCGGAGGGAUCGCAACUGAAGCUGGUGUGCUCGUGCGUCGGUCCGAAGCCGACGAUCAAGUGGUUCAAGAACAACAUUCCCCUCGUCUGGAGCAAGAACGUGAAGAACGACACGAAGAUGGGCGUCGGCGCAGUGCACAUCCUGUCGGCCGAGCUGAACGACUCCGGCACGUACAAGUGUACGGCGAGCAAUGCGGUCGGCGAGGUGGAGACGACCUGCAAGGUGAUCGUGUACCCGGUGCCGGAGAAACAGCACGUUGCGCCGAGCUUUGUGCGCAAUGUUAAGGAGCACUACGACAUCCAGACGAACGAUCUGGUGCUGGAGGUGAACGUGCGCGGCAACCCGAUGCCCACGAUCAAGUGGCUGCGGGACGGCAUCGAUCUGGUCGAUCCGACGGGUGAGAAGUUCUUCCCGAUGCGCGAACCGGGCGGUGUGUUCAAGCUGACCAUCCACGACCCGCAGGCGAAGGACGAGGGCCAGUACGCUUGCGAGGCCACGAACGUAGUCGGCAAGGACGUGCUGCGCCAUGCCGUCCGGCGCAUCAUGGAGCGCAAGAUCGCCGAAAGCCACGUGUUCGGCAUUCGGUACCACGACCCGAACCUGAUGAAGCACGGCGUGUACGAGGAGCCGCCGAAGCCGGAACCGGCUCCGAGACCGCACCGGGAGUUUAUCUUCCUGGAGGACGGCUCGUACUACAUCCGCGGCCAAACGCCCGAGCAUCUGUGGGAGUGGGAAACGGAUACGAGCGCGCCGAGCGAGUACGAAGAUUACGUGUCGCCGGAACCGGAGCCCGAGCCCGAGGUGCCCGAGCCGGAACCCGAGCCGGAACCGGCACCGGUCGAGAAGGUACCGUCCCGGUCGCCGUCGCCCGACUUUUUGAUCAAGACGCCGCCACCGCCACCGCCCAAGCAGCCGGAACCGGUCGAGGCGGACGAUGAGGAUGAGGAUGAGGAGGACGAGGAUGAGGAGGAGGCACCGCCGCCACCGCCGAAGCGUGGCCCGAAGAUUAAGAAGCUGCGCAAGAAGCGCGUCCCGCAGCCGCAGGUCGUGCCGGAAGAAGAGGCGGCGAUCGCUGCACCGGCCGCACCGGUACCGGAACCGCCGAAGGAGGUUGCUGCUCCACCGGUGGAAGUGGCAGCUCCCGCCGAGGGAGAACCGGCUGAGGAUAAGGACAAGCUGCGCAAGGAACGGUAUCUGCGCCUCUUCCCCGAGCUGAACCCGGACGAAGCGAAGCGCGUUGAUGCGCGGGCGGUGUUGCGCUUCGGCAGCACGCUGCACGACAUCAACAUCGUUGAGGGUAAGCCGGUGCGUCUGUUCUGUACCGUGCUCGGCUCGAAGGCCGACUUCAAGUGGUACAAGAACGGCGAACCGAUGGAGUUCACCAAGCAGAUCAAGAACCUGUCCGACGCGCAGGAGGGCACGGGCGUGAUUGCGUUCAACAAGGCGUCCCGGGACGACACCGCCGACUACGAGGUGGUCGUGAAGGACAAGUCGGGCGCCGUCAUCCGCGGUACCUGCCGGCUGAACGUGCUGCCGGCGCCGGUGCGCAUCCCGGUGGCGGAGGGCGAAGCGCCGCGGUUCGUGCGCUGCAUGACGCAGCACUACGAUCUGCGCGUGGACGAUCUGGUGCUGGAGACGCAGAUCAAGGGCACGGGACCGAUCAAGGUGGAGUGGUUCCUGGACGGCAUCAUCAUCGAGAACAACGAGAAGUUCAUCCAGAUCCGCGAACCGCACGGCAUCCACAAGCUGUGCCUGCACAAUCCGCAGAUCCGCGACAACGGCCGGUAUCUGGUGAAGGCGAGCAACGACUUCGGCACGGAGGAGCUCAAGUACACGCUGCGGUUCGAGGGCAAGGCGGCCGCGAUGCCGAUGUACCACAUGCACCACGCGGACAAGCGCCGCACGUUCGAGGAGGAGAAGGUGGUGGAACCGAGACAGCACCGGGAGGUCGUCUUCCUGGAGGAUGGCUCGUACUAUCUGAAGGGUCAGACGCCCGAGCGGUUCUGGGAGUGGGAGACGGACACGGAGGCGGAAAGCGAGUACGAAGAGUACGUGCCCGGUGACACCACGAGCGAGGAGGAGGAGGCCGAAGCCGAGGAACAGCCGGAAGCCGAGGAACAGCCGGCGGAGAAGCCGGCAACGCCGGCCAAAACCCCGCAGCCUGCCCCGCCAGCGGCAGACGAGCAGGAAGAGGUAGCGGAAGAAGCGGAGGAGGAAGAGGAAGAGGUGGAAUCGCCCCCGAAACCGGUCAAGCGCGGUCCGAAGAUCAAGAAGCUGCGCCGCAAGCUGCCCAAGCAGCCGGCCCCCGAGCAGGUGGUGGAGGAACGGCCGAAGGAGGUGCCGCGCCAGCGGGAACCGCAGCCGGGCGCCCAGCCGAAGGUCAAGCUGAGCCAGCUGAUCUCGAGCGGCAAGAGCCUGGCACCGCCCGAGGUGCCGCGCGUCAAGCGCUGGAAGAAACCGAUCGAGGUCGAGUUCAUCUCGCAUCUGCGCAGCGGCACGAUCAAGAAGGGCAAAAACCUGACGCUCAACUGCUGCUGCUCGGACGCGGCCAAGAUUGAGGUUACCUGGCUGAAGGACGACGAGCCGCUGGUGAUGGGACCGCGCUGCCGCAGUGACGUCACGCGCCAGGGCUACUGCACGCUCGAUCUGGUCGACCUGCGGCUGGAAGACACGGGCGUGUACAAGUGCGUCGCUAAGACGGCGAACGGUACGGCGACCGACUCGUGCCGCAUCACCGUGUUCGAGCUGGAGAAGAAGGACGAGGUUGAGCUGGUGCCGCCGACGUUCAUCACACCGCUGAGAGAACUGUACCAUCCGACGACGAAUGAUCUGCACCUGGAGAUCCGGGUGCGCGGCAACCCGGUGCCGACGUUCCGCUGGAUGUACGACGGCAUCCCGAUCCUGCAGAGCAACGCCAAGUACGAGAUCUUCAACCAGCACUACUACGAGAACCGCACCAAGAUCACGACGGUGCAGCUGAUCAUCAACGAUCCGCAGCUGCGCGACAGCGGCAAGUACACGCUGAUCGCCAGGAACGACGUCAAGUCGGUCGAGAUGUCGCGGCAGGUGUCGAUCCCGCUCCGCUUCGACCAGCGGGUCCAAACGCACAAGCACAAGCGCAUGGACGACGUGGUGGUGGAGAACGAGGCGCCGCGCGUCCUGCCGAAACCGCCCACGCCCGAACCGGAACCGGUACCGGAGGAGCCCGUGCCGGAACCGACCGAAGGGGACGAGCAGCCGGAGGAGGAGGAGGCGGAGGAGGAAAAGGAAGACGAGGAGGAUGAGGAGGAGGAGGAGUAGGGGGACGGUUGCAAAGGGCAGCUUUCUACUAUAGGCUUAAGGUUGUAGACCGUUUAAGACUGUUUUUAUCUAUUUGUGCAGCCCAGUUUUUCUACUUGUAAAUGAUGGCGCUCGCCGUCCAUAACUGUGUGUGCGUGUUUUGAUGUGCUUUAGAUAAUAAAAUAAAUAUUCACUCGCGAGAAUGUGAUAAAGAAA